AUGGCAGAAAAACAGUCCCCAAAUGAUGUUGCAACGGAAAAUUGCUCUGAGGCCCUUCCCUCACCAAGAAAAGGGGAGGUUUUUGGGGAACAAUUUGGGGGUUCUGAAGUCAUUGGUAAUCCUCGUACAGAACUUGUCUAUAAAUUUUGUGGGGAGGAACAUGCUGUGAAUGCUUCAGUAUUCAACCAAAAUUAUGCUAAUGCAAUUGUAGCAAUGAAGCCCGAAAUGAAAUCGAAUAAAUUUUCUAGUUAUGGUGAAGGGUUCGCUCCUAAUAGAAUUUUUGUAUUGGCUCAAUGCAUGGAUGAUUUAUCUAAGGAAGAUUGUGAGAUUUGUUUUUCUACCAUUAACGCACAGUUGCCUGGUUGUUUUCCUCAUAUAAGUGGACGUGUUUUCUUUGAUGGAUGUUUCAUGAGAUUCGAGAAUUAUAGCUUCUUUUAUGAAUCUUCUUCUCCACAUGACGUUAAAGUAAUUUCUCUUUAA